UGUAUGGGAGCGGAGGAGCCGGCUGAGCGGAAGCAGCGGGGCAGGGACUGAGGGGAGGCGAAGCGGCUGCGACCGAGUGAGUGACCGAAGAGGAUGAACAACAAAUUUGACGCUUUGAAGGAUGAUGACAGCGGAGAUCAUGACCAGAAUGAAGAGAACAGCACACAGAAAGAUGGUGAGAAGGAAAAAAACGACAGAGACAAAGCCCAAAGUAUCACGAAGAGGAAGGCUGUGGUUCCAGGGCCGGCUGAGCACCCACUGCAGUAUAAUUACACCUUCUGGUACUCCAGACGGACACCCGGGAGGCCCACCAGCUCUCAGAGCUAUGAGCAGAACAUCAAGCAAAUUGGCACCUUCGCCUCUGUGGAGCAAUUCUGGAGGUUUUACAGUCACAUGGUCCGCCCUGGGGACUUGACAGGCCACAGCGAUUUCCAUCUUUUCAAGGAAGGAAUUAAACCCAUGUGGGAGGAUGAUGCCAAUAAGAAUGGUGGCAAAUGGAUUAUCCGCCUGCGGAAGGGCUUAGCCUCUCGGUGCUGGGAGAACCUUAUUCUAGCCAUGCUGGGAGAACAGUUCAUGGUGGGCGAGGAAAUCUGUGGGGCUGUCGUCUCCGUUCGCUUCCAGGAGGACAUCAUCUCCAUAUGGAACAAGACCGCCAGCGACCAGGGGACCACCGCCCGGAUAAGGGACACGUUACGGCGAGUGCUUAACCUGCCGCCCAACACCAUUAUGGAGUAUAAAACGCACACAGACAGCAUCAAGGCCUGGGAGGAGUUUCAUGGCCUGGUGAACAGCGGCGGUCGCUGAAUGAACGCUGUCCCUCCCUCUCUCACACGCCCAGGGGACAACUCCAGCUUCCGAAAUACCAAGAUCACGCUGUGAGGAGGAGGUGGGAGUACCGCACUCAGCGCCUCCUCCUCCAUCUGGUCCAGAAAAGGGGGGAAGGGUCCCCCUGUGUGCCCCCCAGUCCCUGCUUGCAGGACUGCCUGGGCCCUUGACCCUCCCGAGGACGGCUUUUACACCUGCAUCACGGACCGACCUUCUGGAACCCAAACAUCUCGGCUGGCCGAAGCAGGUGGCUGUACUUUGCGUCCCUCAGCGGAGCUCAGGUGCCUCCCACCGUGCGUCCACACAGCAGCGUCCACCUGCCAAGGGGCACUUUCUGCCCAGAGGUUCCCAGUAUUAUGAACGUCUCUGCUGCCUGACAAUUGGCACGUGCCCCCCUUUCACCUCUGCCAAUAAAGGAUUAGGCCUCUA